GUUUUGCUGUACUUAUUUCCUUUUACUAGAUCAAUUAUGUGUGUACUACCUCAAGCCCACAAACCCUAGUUACUAUCUUUGGAAUGGUAACCUGUUGUGAGUUCCAUUUUGUAAAUGUGUUGUUAAAAUUCCAACUGAAUUGUUUAAAUUUAAAAUAUAAAUGGAUCACAGCAGAACUGAGGGAGGCCUCCUCUCCUGAGAAGCAGGAAGAACUUGCUAAAAAGAGGGACGUAAUCCUGUUACAGCUAGAUGUUGGGUACAGAGUCUGGAGCCUAUGAAGAUGGCCAAAUAUCACAGUAUGUCUCAAACUGUUGAUGUGAACAUGGAGCCUCUGAAAUGGCCCAUAGCUCCAGAUGGCUACAUCCCCAACUCUGUCAUCCGAAACUGGAGGAAGAAGGGAAAGGAUCUUAACAAGGUGUACUGUUGGGAUGACAUCUUUUAUAGUUCCCAUCAGGUGAAUAAACCCACAGCAAAUGAUGAGGAACAUGUGAGCACAAGAGUUUUCUGGAUCACACAAGAUGAGGAGGAAGAGGAAGAAAAGACAGAUGAUGUGAAAUGGAGAACGGACAAAAAGGAAGAUGAGAAAAAUGAGAAAGCCAAGAAGGAAAAAACAAAGGUGCAGGAAAAGGAAAGGGCGGAUGAGAAGAAAGAGAAGGAAGAACACAAGAUGGAAAGAUAUGUCCUUCUGACGCAGAUAAAUACUAACACUACUCUGCAGGACCAGCUGAAAACAUUUGAUGACGGACAAAUGAAUGUGGAGCCUCAAAGGCAAGAAGUCGGCUCAACAUUUAAUCCAAGAAAGACUGUGAACUUCCUACCAACCAUCUGUCCUGAAAAUGGACCUAAACAACUCAGAGAGCAAACGGAACACACAAAGCUUCAUGAAACCAUCACACCUCCCCUCCAGUCGGGCACAGAGAGAUACUCUGUGUCCGAUAAACAAAGAACAUCCAGUUUAAUUCCUAAAGAGUGGCCGGAGCCUCCAUUGGAAAGUCCUGUGGUGUCUGUAGAUGUUGUCAUCCCAAAGCAAGAACCCAGAACCACGUACAUACCACCUAUAGAGCCCGGACACGUGACUCCUUAUCCCCUGAAGGCUCCUCCUUCAACCCCAGAGGAUCCUCGACCCCAACUAGACCUUGGGCCUCCUAAAUGCUCGCCAAUAAAGCGAGAGAUAAAGAGAGAUAAAGGGUUCCUCCUGUCUUCGACCAAAUAUAACAUCAUCAGAGACCAACUACAGGUAACCCUUGAUCAAAAAGUCUUGGAGCUCUAUAAAAAAUUGAAAGUUGGCACCAAGAACUCGUCACGCCUUGGAAAACGCUCCACCAUUGCUGAGCACCCAGAUACUCCUAAGACUAGAGAUUCUAAGGCUACGCAGGCUCUCCAAGGCUUCUGUCCUCCUGCUGAUUCUAAGGCUAUACACACUCUCCAAGACUUCUGUUCUCCAUGGGUAGCACAGUUGGCCGCUAGAGAGCAUCCAGUCAAGUCUUCCAGUGCCAGACAACUUGCGGCAACCAUCCCAGCAACAGGACAUCAGAGAGUGGUGCAAAAGAUCCAGAUGAAAGACACUCUAGAACCAGCAUCCUUUCACUUCCACCAUGUGAUCCCAAUGGCCUCCCAACAGAGCUUCUUCACUUUGAAUCCAUUUGGGACGACCCAGUAUGGAAGGCUGCAGUUUUACUGGAUAAGGGGACAUGAUGCGGACAACCUGCUGAGGGUUUGCAGUUAGACCAACAACUCUGCUCAUAUAGUAGGCUUUGUACCAUCUUUAUAGAUCGACUUAGUAACUGGCCAGCUCUUGAAUUAUUUCAUAAUGAGGUAUUUGGCUGAACAAUAAAAUCAUCUGUUGCAUUAAUACAAUAAUUUAGGUUCAAACUAUGGUAAUGGUGAUGUUAGGUGGUUGGAUCACUUCUUUGGUCCUAACAUUUCUCAACAAAUUUUGUACAGACAUUCAUGAUCCCAAGAGAAUGAACCCUACUAACUUUAGUCAUACCCUUACUUUUCCUCUUGACCAUGUCACAACUGUCCAAUCACUAUCAAUUCAUGUCAUUGGUUCCUAGGCAUUGUAUCCUAAUAACUGUGGUGACACCUAGCGCCACCAGCAGGUUGACAUUUGUGGUUGAAAUGUCUCGACAACUAUCGGAUGCUUUGCAAUUUGAUUCAGACAUUCAUGUCCCCCCGAAUUGAUUUUAACAACUUUCUUAAUUGCCUGUUGAUUCUUUUAGUUGUUAGUUUGUUGUAGGUAUGAACUGAUAUUUUGUGGUGUUAAUUAACUGCAACAUGUGUCUGAGCUUUCUGCUGAUAUAUGAUUAAUAACAAUACAUAAGACCAAAAACAUGGACAGAUAUAACACAGCUUUAUUGACAUUUGUUUCUUGACAUCAGCGGUUUCAUUUGACACGAUGUUCACAUAGCUGGCAAAACAAAAACUCGUGAAUAUUUUGUCAUUAACAGAUUAAUGUAACAAUGAGUAUUGUGAAGUACUGUAAAGAAUUCUAAAUACUGAAACAUUCUACGUUAAUUCAUACAGAAAUUAAAGCUGAAAAACAAAUAUGGCUAACAUUGCCUCACAUUGUCUCAGGAGGUUUAAAUUAAGUAUAAUAUUCAAUAGAGAGCUAUAAAAUAAAAGGAAGUACAAUAUGGCAUUACGCUAACUGUACAGUUGGUAAACUGAAGCAGAAUGAAGGAAGAAAAAAAAACAAUAUGAUAAAUAUAUGCAGAAAUGAUACAUUUACUGAGAUGGCACUUUGAUAGAAACUAAGGCAAGUCAUUAAGGUGUUACACUUUACAGGUGAACAAGUUUGGAAAUCUAUUGCUUUUGAAAAUCUGUUGCUUUUGGAAGCACUUCAGUUUUUGAUAUGUCGAGUACAUCAUUUUAUAUGACAACAGUACAGCAAAAACAAAUGUUCAUUUCUUUGUUAAUUUCAUAAAAACAAACACUUUGAAUAGCUGUGGAUGAACCAUACAGACGUGCAUUGCAUUCACAAAAGUAUCUAUUCUCGUAAUAAUGACUUAGUCUCAUAAUUAGGACGUAAGGAAAAUUAUGAGAAACGGUCUAAUAAUUACAAGAAAAAUGUACCGUAAGUAUGAGGUCCAUAUCUCAUAAUUACGAGAUACCGAUGUCAUAAUUAGGAGAUAUGGAUGUUGUCAUUAUGAUACUAAGUCAAAAUUACAAGUCAUAAUUACGAGAAUAGUUUCCCAUGAUGACAGGUUCUUCAUCUCGUAAUUACAAGAAAACUAUCUUAUAAUUCUGAGAUGCAGAAGCUAGAAUUAUGCAAUAAGGCGUUUCAUUUUUGUUUUGUUUGGUGAAUGAAACAGUGCUUUAGUAGAACUACACCACAACAUACUAUCUGAAUGAAUGAGACCGUAAUGGCCAGUCAGUCAGUGUAAUGAGUGUAGCAAUACAGCUGUAAAACACUGUUGGUGAUGGUUUAUA